AUGAAGCCCUUCAUCCUCUCAGCCAUUGUCCUUGGCCUGGCCACCAUGACCCAACACGCCAGCGCAGAAGUCUUUGUCUUCACACCUCCAAUUUCUCCCACCGACUACAUCACCAUCAGCCCCAGAAUCGAAUCCAAGAGCCUCAGUGACAGUCUCAAAAAAGCUUGCUCGACUAACCAGCUAAAGCUCGUCACCGCCACCACCGUCCUUAGUAACCAAUACAAGGUGUCCGAUGUCGCCUGUGACAUUGAUCUCAACAAGGCCAAGACCACGGGCCAGAACUGUCCCAUUACGAGGAAGAGCUUUGCUGGCAAAAGCUCCUUCCCCUGUGGACGUGCCGAAGUUAGGGCCAAGUUUGAAACGGAUGGAACCAAGCGCAUCUUUGUCACGGUCGUGUACGCAUUUUCGGGAAUCGACAAGGGCAAGGUCGACUAUUGUUUGCCAUUCGACCCCAGCAGUGUCCCGUCGACUGAGGGUGGAAUGACCAAGAGGUGGAGUGUUGAGAAGUCCUCUAUGACGUUUGAGUUCACCUGCCCCAAGUAG